AUGCCUACACUCGAGCUUCACAACGGUUAUCCGCUAUGGAAAUACAUGCCAAAUCGUCCUGCCGCCAUCAUUUUUAUCGUGCUUUUUGCGUGUGCGACCGCAUAUCACACCUUCUUGCUCUUCAGACAUCGGCACUGGUUCUGCUUGCCUUUUGUCAUUGGCGGUUUCUUCGAAGCGAUUGGCUAUAUUGGGCGCUGCAUCGCCUAUGACAGCACAGGCGAGCUGAUUCCCUACAUGCUCCAGUCCAUCUUUCUCCUGCUCGCGCCGAUCCUCUUUGCCGCGUCCUUGUACAUGACCCUUGGCCGCGUGAUCCGCUCAGUAGACGGCGAGAAAUACUCCAUUAUUCGAUCGAAACGCAUCACUGCGAUAUUUGUCACGGGCGACGUUGUCAGCUUCAUGAUCCAGGGCGGCGGGGCGGGUAUUCUGGUCAAGGCGGACUCUGCCAGUAGCAAAAACAUGGGCCAAAACAUCAUCAUUGGCGGCCUCAUCUUCCAGAUUCUCAUCUUUGGCAUCUUUUGCGUGGUUGCGCUGUCCUUUCACCACCGAUUCACCCGCAAAGGACUUGUCAACUGCUACCUGGACAUUCCCUGGCAGUCGGUCCUCAUGAUGCUCUACGCGACCUCUGGACUGGUCAUGGUCCGAAACCUGUUUCGCGUGGUAGAGUACGCCAUGGGCGAGAAUGGAUACCUCCUUUCGAACGAGUGGUGCGUGUACAUUUUUGACGGACUCCUCAUGUUUUUCGCCAUGGUUUUGUUUGGCGCAAGAUACCCCAAUCGACUAUUUCCCAUGAAACGGUCGAGCCCAACAAUGGUGCCUCUGAAUGCUUACGAGCGGUCGGAAAGAGACGAUGCAAAGUCAUAUGCCUAG